GGGGCUGCUAGAUGCUCCAUGAUGGAUGGAGAGUGACAGAUCGGGGUUAGCCGCCAGGGGAGUGCAUUUUUCUUCCAGCGCACGGUCCUACCCAAGGAGAAAGCGAAGAAGGAAAGAUACUGGACGCAAAGGAGGAAAGGAAGAGAUACAGGGAGAGAAGAGACCGAUUUCUACCCCUCCUCUUUCCUUCUCUCUCUCUUCUCUACUCCCGUGCAUCACAGCCUGGUGGGCUUUACCCGGACUGCACCGCAUUGACGCUGCUGCUGCUGCCGACCCAACCCAAUGAAUUAACAUCAUACACAUACUCGCAGGGAUCUGGGUUUUCGCACAGCUGAAAACUGGAUGCUGUGCUGAUUUGUGCGUGCAUAUGCAACAAUUCCCUCUCUCUGGAUCCGGACACUGACUCGCUGUCCUGCUAAUGCCAAGACUUUGAAAACGAGGAGGAGGAGGCGUUUUGGAGAUUAUUGCAGCUGCAGUGCAAAUAGUGCAGAAGAAGACACUGGGAUACUUGCAAGUUUGCAGAGCGAAUGUAACCCUGUGCUAUUUAUUGUACGGUUUCCAACAUGGGUGUUGACUAAAAAGAAGAUUAUCCCCCGAGCUCCAUAGAGGUGUGAUGAUCAUGCACUCGUGAAGAUUUAAACUGCGCUCAGUAAUUUCCUGGAUCAUGCAGAUUCUGCCGCCUAGGACGUUAUUCGUGUUACUGGCCCAUAUACAUGUAUUGCUAUCUUUGAGAAAUAAUGGAGGAGUUCGGAUUAAAGAUGAGAGCAACAGCAGCGCAUACUCUGGCAAGACUUUCCAGGGGUCUCUCCGGGAGAGUCAUCAAAACAAAGCCCGGGACCGUGCGCUCUUGCCCGAGUACGCCACAGGUGCGUCUUCGGCAGAGCUGCAGGCACAGCGGGCAAUUAUCAGAGGGACCCUUAACUCCACUCACCCCUGGAAGAGGGUAAUUGCAGAAGAAAUUCGGCGAAAUGGACACAGCAAACGCGACUACAAUAGGACUCUGACACCCGUGGAGGAUCCCAACGCCGUCUCACAUUGGGACUCGACGCGCCACCAUAAUAGGAGGAUAAAGUUGAAUGGCGGGUUUAGUAGUACGGGGACGCCAGCAGGUGGACACUACAAUGCGGCUAAGCCAUCUUCAAUGGGUUGGGGAGACGGAGGAGGGGGACCCGAGGAGGGCGAGAGGCACAAGAGAGGCACAAAAGAUGAACAGAAGAAAGCGUGGAAGAGGGGGAGAAACCGGUUGAACAAAAGCUCUGUAGUUUUGGCUCAACCUCACGCGUCACCGUGGGAACCCAUGCCCAAACCGGUGGCCCUCACCUCCACCGAACUGCCCUUUGACCUCUUCACCAGGAGGAGUGAGUUUUUCACUUUCCGAGAGGAAAACCCCUGGGACGCCACGCCGAUCACCCCUCCCAGCUCGCAGGAUUUCGAGAACGAGAUCAAGAACCCCUUUUACCCGGUGACGAGUGAGACUUACGGCGCUUACGCGAUCACGUGCGUCUCCGGGGUCAUUUUCCUGGUGGGCAUAGCGGGAAACAUUGCCAUCCUGUGCAUCGUGUGCCAGAACUACUACAUGAAGAGUAUCUCCAACUCUCUGCUGGCAAAUUUAGCUGUGUGGGAUUUUGUGCUCAUCUUCUUCUGCCUGCCCAUGGUGGUGUUCCACGAACUGACGAAGUCCUGGCUGCUGGGAGAAUUUGCCUGCAAAGUGGUGCCCUAUGUGGAGGUGGCCUCCCUGGGUGUGACCACCUUCACCCUGUGUGCUCUGUGCAUCGACCGCUUCCGUGCAGCCACCAAUGUCCAGAUGUACUACGAGAUGAUAGAGAACUGCACGUCUACUACUGCCAAGCUAGCCGUCAUCUGGAUCGGCGCCCUCCUCUUGGCACUCCCGGAGCUCCUCAUUCGACAGCUCGUGGCAGAGGACACAGGAAUCCCAGAUGAGCCCCCUGUGGAACGCUGCAUUAUCAGGAUAUCCACUUCACUGCCUGACAUGCUCUAUGUGCUGGGCCUGACGUACGAGGGUGCUCGGCUGUGGUGGUGCUUUGGCUGCUACUUUUGUCUCCCCACUCUCUUUACAAUCGGGUGCUCAUUAGUGACGGCGCGCAAGAUUCGGCAUGCAGAACAGGCCAGCGUGCGCAGCAACAAGAAGCAGAUUCGGUUAGAGAGCCAGAUGAACUGCACAGUCGUCGCGUUGGCGAUCGUCUACGGCGCGUGCGUGGUGCCUGAGAACAUCUGCAACAUAGUUUCUGCCUACAUGGCAGCCGGAGUUCCUGAGCAUACCAUGUCCGUGCUCCAUCUCCUCUCCCAGCUGCUGCUCUUUUGUCGGGCCGCCGUGACGCCGGCACUGCUGCUCCUCUUGUGUCGUCCGCUAGGCAGGGCAUUCCUGGACUGCUGCUGUUGCUGCUGCUGCUGUAACCACGCCCCCUCCUCAGCCACAGCAAGUGACGACAAUGAACACGAGUGCACUACCGAGCUGGAGCUGUCGCCGUUCAGCACCAUCCGCAGGGAGCUGAGUAACUACACACCUGCUGGGUCCAACUGCUAGACUGACAUUACCAUCAGGGAAGGUGAUGUCACUAGCCUGAUAUCUGCCUGUGGCUAGUAUUUCUCAAGACUCGGCUAGGAGAGAUUUGCCUUACCUAGUCCACUUACAUCUCUAAAUGGGUGCAUGAAGGAAGUUGGGUGCUCUAAAUAUGUUCAUCCCGUUAUUCAAGAUCAUCAACUUUACGAUAUUUGUAUAACUGUUUUUCCAGGACAUUUAAGAAAAGGCAAAGUUGUCUUUCCACUCUUGCCAUGGGGUGCUUCUAAAACUUGGUCAGUACUUAUUUUUAACAGUCCUGCCUGAAACCUUUAAGACUUACUCACUUCCCUUUUGUAGGCCUUGUUUAGCUAAAUGUUUUGGGGCAGUUGUAAUGACCUCCUAACCAGUUGAGGCCUGGUUCUUCACAAGUUAAAGAAAUAAUCUAAUUUGGAGUUUUUACACUGUACAGUGUAAAUACGUCACAACAAGUAGGGUCUUUCAGUUGUUUGUGAUAACAAAUGUGGAUUUGGCAACCACGAAAAAAAACAUGUCCAAGAAAAUAAUCAAUGCUAAUCACCUCCCAAAUAUGUCAUAGUUGAAAUUAUAGAGAGUUAGCUAAUUACUCAUAAAGUGCACCUUGUAUAGUAACUCAGACACAACAUCUAAGCAGUAUCACCUAAACAUGUAGGCUCACACUGCCCAUAAGAAGUACAGCUAAGUUUACAACCUACAUCAGGUGUCAGUUUAUGCUUCGUGUAAUGGUGCACAUAUGGGAACAAGGCUUAUGAUAAUUAAACUAGCAAAGGCCAUCUCAGCAGUAAUGGUAGUUUGUGAAAGGAAAACACAGGGAGGAGGUUGCACUGGAGAAUCCAAAUGUACACAGCCACACUUACAUUGUAUAUUGAAAAAUAUCCGCUUGACUCGAGCGAAGCUGGGCUGGUCUCAGAGUACAACAAACACGGACGUGUGGGAGUGGACUAAUUGAAAUCAAAUUAGCGUUGCAUGAAGUGGAAUGGGAUUGAAUGAAACAAUGCAGACUGAAUUGAAUACGAAUAGACCGGAAAUUAAUGGAACGUAACACCGUGAAAUGUAACUGAAAGGGACGGACUCAGCACGAAGUGGACUGAGAUAGAAGUAUCUGCACUACACUGUUGUAUGAUGUUACGCCUUACACGUUGGGCUGUAUAUAUACUGUACACUUUCUUUGGUGCUCUUAUGAUGAAUGCGCUGUAAACAACAGAUCCAUAGGUUCGACUUAGAAUCACAAGAAAUUUAGCUGCAUACUUUGUUUCAGGUCAAGAAGACGGAUUACAGUUACCUGGGACUCUUGAAUAAUGUAAAAGAUGAACAAAAUCAACAAAGAGUAUCACCGAGCUGCUACAUUCAGUUACUACCUUUAUUCAGAGUGACACAACUAAGAAUAUAGUGGCACUUUCUUUUACAGUGUAGCAUUUACUGGUGUUUACAGAUGAAUCAAAAUAUUAGUUACUUAACACUGUACAGUUCGGUAGAUACAAUAAAUAACUAGUGCACACAUUUUAUCAUUGUUGUUUUAUAACACAUAACUAAUUAUGUAAGAUAUUAAAAAAGGCAAUAAUUUUCUGUCAAUAAUUCAAUACUUAAACCAUAUAACACCAUAUUAUUUUUUAAAAAAAAUAAGUGAAACAUUGUAAAUACUAGGGAACUGUUGUUGAAGCAAGUAUACAUUUGCACCAACAACUACAAAGGUCAUAGUAAAUACAAAGCAGCUCUUAUUUUUGUUAUUUAUUUACAGGUUAUUUAUUUACUAUUUCUGAACUGUAAAACAAAGUGCUACUAUUAACCCUAUGGCAGGACCAGGACUAACUGACCACUGGCUAAACCCACUACCCUGACUGGUAAUUGUCCAGUCAUACUUCUGCAUCUGUAAAUAGACACAUUUUGAGCUUUGGCAACAGAUAAAAGAUGGGUGUAGCUACUGUAGUAUCACCUGUUGGUUUCUGAAUGUUUCUGCCAUCGUUACCUUGGUUGCAAAAAUCCAGAUGUGACAAAGAGGGCAGGUUUGAAACAGAAGGCUCACUGGGCUAAUGACUUGUGAUUGGCAGCUCGUUAGCUAAUGGUUGUGCAGUUUCAUACCACAGAUAAACCCCCCAUUUUUAAACAUAGUAUGACCAAGAUAAAAAAAAAAGAAAAGGUUAAUUUUUUACUCAGUAUCACUCAGAAUGAGUGACUGAGCCCGUAAAUUCAACAGGAAAGUGUUACAGAGGUCAAGGCACACAGCUAUUUUCCCCCACACUUUUGUAGGGCCGUAAAUUUUGCUUUUUUGUAUUCACAGAUUUAUCCCUCUGAUGGCCUUCAGACAGGGUUUCAGCCACUUACGCAUUAGCUUAAUUGUUCUGAUAUGGAAGCUACAUCCAUGUUUUAUACUAUUUAUAGUCAUGCUCAUUAUUUAAAUGCACUUAAGAUAAUAAAAAAAGAUUUAUUUGCCUGCAGUGUGUGUUUUUGGGUUUAGUCUUUUAGCAAGAGCAAGAUCAGCUAAUAGUUAGGACAGCAGUUUUUCAUUAAAAUGGUCAAGAAGGAAGCUGAAGACAGCAUUUUCAACCAAUUAGUGCUACUUACAAUAACAUUUUAGUUAAGCUAGCUGAGCUAGCUAGCUGCACCAGUUUUAAUCUGCUAAUUACAGUAGCAGUUGUAAAUGGUGAGCCCUGUUACCGUUUCCAACUUGUGACCCAUUUGGUGUGACAUUUUGUCACGCUGGCUACCCUUUAGCAGUAGUAUACAAUGAAAGAUUGUAAAGAGACAUAUUUUAACCCAAACCAUGAAAUUUUCCUAAAUUAGGGAUGUUUGUGGCUAAUUGACAGGUUGCUUAAACAUAUCAUUAAUAUUAUCUUAUUAAUGAACAACGGCAGUUACAUUAAUAAAGUGAUGUACUUUGAGUGGAAGCUGUAAAGGAGGAAAGGGGAAAGUAAAUAAAUGACAGCCAUCUAACCAGCGCUGUCCUGCAACACUGCAAAAAGAUGGGGGGAAUAGUUGUAUGUAAACCUUGUCAGAAUAAACUGAAACUAUAACCAAGCAACUGAAGCCAGAUGUAACCAUAUGGAAGAAACCAAGUCUACUGCUGCUAGCGCUGCUAAGGUUAGCCAAGCUCAUCAAAGUAAUCUGAGUGUGCAUGCUGCACAGCUUAGGAACAUUUAAAACAUGAUUUGAUUAACGAGGAACGUCAUUUUUAUAUAUGAUUUCUAAAACACACUCAAAUUUUUUGUUUUUGGCUCACGUUUAACUUCAUGUGCUCAGUUUAAAUGUUUUUAAACAUUAGUUGAAUAGUCUAAUAGGUAGCAAAUCAGUCACUAGAAACAUCCCUAUCCUAAACCUUAUUAAACCUUACUAAGUACUUUGGCUCUUAAGCCUAACCAAGAUUUAAAAAAAAAUAAAAAUCUCCUACACAAGACACAAACCACAGUGUCCUGGAUGGCUUGUAAUGUGUUUUUAUAGUUCAGACACACAGUGACAUUUGCUCUCUGCAACCUUGUACAAUCUCAGAGACGCCAGCAGCUUCGACAAAAAGUUAGUACUUAUUGCCAGUAGAAGGUGAAAGCUUGGUAGCAGCUGGUUAAAGAAAAUAUGAGAAGCUUGUUUAUCUCUACCUCUGAAAUCAAGAACUCAGUAAACAUUUUAAUGAAAAUUUAUUGUUGCAAAUGUGAUGGGAACCACCAGGACCGUAAGGAGGGCGGGGCCUAGCAACCAGUCAAAUGAAAAGUGUCAUGACCUCGAAUACACUUUGCAGUUUCAUUACUUGAGCUUUUAAGGAGAACCAAUGAAAUGUUUUUCACAGUGUGUAAUUUCAAGUGUAUUGUACUGUAUAUCCGUUUUCUUAAUCCUACUAAUCAGACCUGGGUCAAAACAAGGUUCGAACAUCAAUCUCAUUUAUUACUCCUGUCAAAUUUAUGAAUAACUUAAUAGAUAAAACCCUAAAUAUAUACUAUAUUAUUGAAAGUGUAUGCUUUAGAAGUUUAGAAGUUGGGAUGGCAUCCAGAGAGCGGGAGAUGACCAAAUAAUGUUUGUAUCUGUAAAACAUCAAAAGUUCCAUUUAUUUAAAUACUGAAAACUAACAUUAACCUAUGUGACCUGUGUGAUGACCCAGGUGUGAUGGUCAUUGGUAUACUGUAUAUUGCGAUGACUCUUUUGCAUACGACUGCACUGCCAAACACCUUCUCUUUCUCUCUGUCUGUCUUUUGUGCUCUUGUGGUAGUAGCACUCUAUCUCUGGAUGUCUCUUUCAGCAUGGGGGCCAGUUUACUUUAAGCGCCAUCACUACAGGAAGAUGAAUAUUACUAGAAAAUUUGAAUCAGUUCAGGCCCAUUGCCUGUAAUGAAUAGUUUACAAGUUCCUAGGGAUGCUGCCUGCAAAUCAAUACCCUGCAGCCUGUUUGAGAUUUUUUAUUAUUACAUCACUAUUAUGUAUUGUAGGUCAGUGUGUGACCCUUUUUUAGGGCUUUCCACCGUUCAGUUUUUCCCUUUCAAAUCAAUUUAAAAGCAAAUUGGAACAUGGUUUGGUAUCUUGUUUAAUGACUGAAAGUUCCCAUUUAUCUCCUGCUAUCUGAUGGCACUUAGAUUUAAACUGGUUCCUAAACCUGACUCUCUUUUUUCUGCAUAUUUCUGGAAGUAUAGCUCAUAAGUGGCUCAGUGUGUAGUGAUGUGGUUGAAACUUGAUGAAGUGAGUCUUGUAAAUCAGUCAGUGAGACGUUUAUUCCGAAGUUUGUGAGUAUCCUCUUCACUCUGAGCAAAACGUGUCUGUAUUUGAUACCUGAAAAUGUAAGCACACAACCACUUUUGUCUCAAAGUCUAGUCACUCGUUUCUAAUAGCUUUUUAUAUAGCCAAAAAAAAAAACUGUCCCUUUGUUUAUCAAAGAACUUUAUC